AUGGAGCUGGGCCUGCUGUGUGCUUUUAUGGUCCUACUGGGAAAAGGAUUGGCUUUGGAUGAGCAGUACAGCCGGGCGAUAGACUGGCUGAGCAGAUAUGGAUACCUGCCCCCUCCGGACCCCCGCAGUAACAGACUGCAGACCAGGGAGGGCAUCGAGACGGCCAUCCGCAUCAUGCAGAGGUUCGGAGGAGUCACGGAGACGGGGGUUCUUGACGCAGAGACGCUGAGGCUGAUGUCGGCCCCGCGCUGCUCUCUGCCGGACAUUGUGGGCAGUGAGGACAUGCUGAGGAAGAGGAGGAGGAGGAGGAGGAGAUAUGCGCUGUCAGGCCUCAAGUGGCACAAGACCCAGCUCACAUGGAGUGUCCACAGUUACCCCUCUGCCGCCCGGUCGCCGCAGAUGGACGCGGGUUUGGUCGAUAACAUCCUGAGCCAUGCGCUAAAGGCCUGGAGCGACGAGACUCCUCUGCGCUUCCAGCGGGUUCACAGUGAGGGCGCAGCAGGGCCAGCAGAGGGCGACAUCAGGGUGUCCUUCGCACAGCUGCUGCAUGAUGAUGGUUAUCCUUUCGAUGGAGAGGGGGGCACGCUGGCCCACGCCUUCUUCCCCAGCGGCGACGAGGUGGCCGGGGACACCCACUUUGAUGAUCACGAACGAUGGAGCUUCAGAGGAGACAGCAGCAGCUCCAUCGACCUGUUCACGGUGGCGGUGCACGAGUUCGGCCACGCCCUGGGCCUGUCCCACUCCUCCUCGGACCCCUCCAUCAUGAGGCCCUAUUACCAGGGCCCCGUGGAAGAACCACUACACUAUCAGCUGGCCCUCGAUGACAAGAUGGCCAUCCAGCAGAUUUAUGGCGUUCCAGACGAUAAGACUCCAGUCAAACCUGAGGCUCCGCUGCUGCCCAGUCCUCCUCCGCCCAGACCCACCAAACAUUUUGACACUUCUUACCAGAAACGCUGCAGCGGAGGCUUUGAUGCAGUGGCCAACGUCAGAGGAGAAGUCUUUUUCUUCAAAGGUGAUCAGUUCUGGAGGACCAAACGCGAUGGUUCUCUGAUCUCCCUGAAUCCAGCCCUGAUCAGAAACUUUUGGAUGGGUCUCCCCUCCGGCUCCUACAAGAUCGAUGCUGCGUAUGAGCGAAAGGCCGACAGUCGCAUUGUGUUCUUUAUUGGUUCUCAGUACUGGGUUUUUAAGGACACAGAGGUGCAGAGCGGGUACCCAAGGCCUCUGUCCGACUGGGGCAUGAAGACCAAGAAAGGGCAGGCCGUGGACAGAGUGGAGGCGGCGUUCACCUGGGACCACAACGGGAAGACCUACUUGUUCAGCGGGGGGCAGUACUGGAGGUUCAGCGAGGUGAGGCGGGACGGCCAGGUGAGCCGGCAGCUGGACGCAGACUUCCCCCGGGACAGCAGUCUGUGGAGGGGAGUGCCCACAGACAUGGACGACAUCAUCAGCUGGGGAGAAGGGGACACCUACUUCUUCAAGGACGAUCUAUACUGGGUGGUGAAAAGAGGGCGUCUGGACAAUGAAGAAGUCACCCCUAAAUCCAUCAGUGUGGACUGGCUCAGAUGUCCCGCUCCGACUGUAAUCCCAGCUCCAAACAAUCCCAAAAACCCUAAAGACUGCAGCUGCAGCCUCCGGGGCUCUGCCUCUCCUGUAGGGGGCAGUGUGCUCCUCCUGCUUUCUGCUCUGCUCAUCAUCCACAAGUAUUUUGGAAGUUAG